CCCCCCCCCCGCCCGCCAAACCUUGCCAUACCACCUAUCCCACCGACCACGCCCAUUUGGACACCGAGCACGCCCAUUUGGACACCGACCACGCCAACUCGGACACCGAUCACGCCCACUUGGACACCGAUCACGCCCACUAGGUCACCGACGCCCACUUGGACACCGACUACCAUCACUCGGACAACAACCAUGCCCACUCGGGCACCAACCAUGCCCAGUGUAGCUGAGAAUGCAACGCAAAGAGAGUCCCCAGAUGGUCAGAGUUUCCGGACCUCGGUGGACGAGAUGCCGGAGACCGGCAGGAGAAAGUCAGGCCUGAUCCAGAGAGGGGAAGACUCUGAUGACGACUAUGAGAAUGUUCAGCUACCAGACUCAGUCUUCAUUGACACGACAGAAACCAGCAGCGUAGAGAAGCUGUUUAAAGAGACAUCCUCAGCGCCCCACGAUGGACUGUAUGGAAUCAGAAACUCAGGCACUAAAACGAACAAGGUGCUCGUGGUAUGGGAUGUGAGUGUGGGGAAAGCCAGGAAUUACCGUCUGUUUGAAGAGGACAAGAGAGUGUUUCUGGACAUUGACGUAACCUUCCUGUCCCUGGAGGCGCUGGUCGAACACUACCAUACCCACCCUCUGCCUCACCACGGCUCCCUUUGUCUGCAGACACCUUACGGGGACUCACACCCCAGGUGACCCCUGACCCUCUGUCUGCAGACACCUUACGGGGACACACACCUGGUGACCUCCAACCCCUGACCCUCUGUCAGUCAUUUUAGCCUUCGGUGGAUUAAACCUCUCACCUCUUACCCUCUAACCUGGGGUCACUAGAAGACCUGGAGCUCAACAAGUAAACCAGCGGACUGGUUCCAUGUGGUUGUCUGGAGGACAGCUCCAGAAGGGGAGCGUCUGUUCCAGUGGGAUGUACUACUUCUGAUACUACUAGUAGUAGAACCAGGCAUACACGAGAGAGUUAUCCAAUCAGAAUACAGAAGGAAAGCACUGCCUGUCGUAGUAAGGAAUAUUUCCAAUGCUGACCUGAGACUAGGUCUUAUGGAGAAUGGGUGGAACACAGGAGCUCCUCUACAUAUAGUGAUGUGCUACAGUAUAAACUCACAGAUGAUUGGACCAAUAGCAGCACACAGAUCAAAUGGACCAAUAGCAGCACACAGUUUGAAUGAACCAAAAGCAGCUCAUGGAACAAAUGGACCAAUAGCAGCAAACAGAUCAAAUGGACCAAUAGCAAAUCAUGGAACAAAUGGACAAAUAGCAGCUCACAGAUUGAAUUGACCAAUAGGAGCUCAGAUUGAAUGGACCAAUAGAGCUCACAGAUUGAAUGGACAAAUAGCAGCACACAGAUUGAAUGGACCAAUAGCAGCUCAUGGAACAAAUGGACCAAUAGCAGCUCACAGAUAAAUGGAUAAAUAGGAGCUCACAGAUUGAAUGGACAAAUAGGAGCAGACAGAUUGAAUGGACCAAUAGCAGCUCACAUUUCCCUGAUCAGAUCAAACUUCACCAUAAUAUUUAUGUACCCCAUUUUAAAACACAACAAUCAUCUAUAAAUACAUAACAAUUAUCUAUGUUUUAGGCCUAAAAUAUGUUUUAAAAAAGUAACAAUCAAUUUCCAAUGGUAUACAAUACAACAUUAAAAAACCUAAAGCAUACAGUUCUAAAAUACAUUUCUAAUGGACGGACACGCGUACAGAAACAUUUGGAAAAAAGGCAUUUUCUAAACGACUCAAAUAGAACACAGAUCUAUCUUGGUUGCUUGGUUCCUUUAUAAUAAGCCAACGGGUAGACACUGUAGAUGUUGUACAGAGGUUGGCCACAAGAUGACGCCGUAACAACACUGUUUUAUCUGAGACGGGACGACCGUACAGAGAGACCAUUUUUUUCUUGUAUGUUUGCGCUGUGUUGGACUGGAAUAAAUCACAGGGCUGCGGUCACCUUUAGAGGACGCAAAUAUGACUUACAGAAGAUAUUGUGUUCACAUUGGGUACAUUCCAGUGCUCCACUUAAACAGGAAAUCGUGUUCAGAAAGUUAUAUUCUUACAGAAUGUAAAUGAAAUAUCAAUUAUAUUUAUUUAUGAUGUAAAUGUAAUGUAUCUAUCUGUAUUUACCAUUUCAAUAUUUUGUGUUUUGAUUGAGGCCAUAUACUGUAAAUAUAGUGUGCAUAUGAAAAAAACAUAAAUUCUCGAUUCAA